AGAAGAUAUACAUUUAUAUAAAAAAGAAAAAAUAAAUAAAUAAAUAAAUAAAUAAAUUAAAGAGUUGUAGUUACUAUAUGAAACGAUCCAUUGAAAAAAAUAAAACAAAAGAUGAAACAGUCCAAUCAAAAUAUUUUACUCUGGAUUCCUUUUUUUCAAGUUCUAAGCGAUUAAAGUCAAACGAAGAUCAAAAGAAGAAUUCGGUUGUUCGAGAACAUUUUGAAGAUCAAAUAACUCUUAAAAAGGAACAAUGUCCAUUAUGUCAAGCAUUUAUAUAUACAGAAUCAAUGUCUAUGGAAGUCCAUGUUAACUAUUGCCUUGAUAAACAACAACAUAUUGAAAACAAUAAGGAAAAGGAAGAUCCAAUUAACGAUCUAGGAAAUGACGAGUUGGAGGCUAUAUUUGAAGAGAAUAUAAUGAGUGAAGAAAAAGAUAUAAAAGAAACCCAAAGUGACAUAAGUUCAAGCUUACCUUCACAAUGCUCUAUUGCUUCUUUAAAAGAAAAAUUUUCUUUUAACAACACUCAAACAAUGUUGGAAAAAGAAAACAUUAUGCAGUCAACAGUAGUUACAAAAUCAAACAGUACUAUGAUAACACCAGAUAAAUGGAAAAGUGUGUUUUCAGCCAAGAACACCACAGUACUUGAAACAAAAUUUAUAAAUAACUCUCAAUUAAAUAAUAAGAAGAUUUGUCCACUUUACAAAUACGUUAAAGAUACUCAGUUUGUUGUAGAUGCAUUUAAUUAUGGACCUAUUCCAAACUGUGAUGGCUAUUUCCUUUCACAUUUUCAUUCUGAUCAUUAUGGAGGACUCCGUAGUAAUUGGUCUUAUGGUCCUAUUUACUGUUCUCAGGUUACAGCCAAUCUUGUAAAACAAGAACUCAAAGUCGAUUCACGUUAUAUUAAACCUUUACCUUUAAAUACUUUACAUCCUAUAACAGAUAAUAUUAAAGUGGGAUUAAUUGAUGCUAAUCAUUGUCCAGGUUCUGUCCUAUUUUUAUUUAUAAUUCAACUGCCUAACAAAGUGGAAAAACGACAUUUACAUACGGGAGAUUUUAGAGCCACACCGCGUAUUUGUCUUCAUCCCUUAUUACGUCAACAACCUAUUGAUUGUCUUUAUUUGGAUACAACAUAUUUAAAUGCUAAAUAUGCUUUUCCUGCCCAAGAGGAGUGUAUUGAAGCUGUUUGUGAUGCAGUUCAGAAAGAAUUAGAACAAAUAGAAAAAAUAAAUGCACAAAAUGUGAAAAGAGCUUCAGUAUUGGAGAACUGGUUUAUUAAACAAAAACAGUCAUUAAACUCUAUGAUAACAAGUAGUAAUAGUAAAUCAAGGGUUUUAAUUGUUGUUGGUACAUAUACUAUUGGAAAAGAACGAGUUUUUAUUAAUGUUGCAAAAAUGUUAAAAUGUAAAAUAUACGCACCAUUAAAGAAGAAACGCAUUUUAUUAUGUCAAGAAGAUGAAGAUCUAAAAUCAAUGUUAACAAAUGAUCCAAAAGAAGCGCAAGUACAUGUUGUACCAUUAAGAGAUAUAAAGGCAGAUAUAAUGACAAAUUAUCUCGAUGAAUAUAAAUCAAGCUUUGAUUAUUUAAUUGGAUUUAAGCCUACAGGUUGGGCCUACAAAUCAUUUACUCAUAGACCUCCACCACCAUCAAAAGAAGAAGAAGAGAUGGAUAUUAUACCCUGUUUAGCUGAUAUUCUUAAACCACCCACUGAUAGAAAACUUCAGCUGUCUCCAUAUUGUAAUCGAGAAAAAGUUAGAUUGUAUGCCGUACCUUAUUCAGAGCAUUCGAGUUUCAGAGAGCUUGCCUCAUUUAUUACUAGUUUAGAUAUUCAGCAACAGAUUAUACCCACUGUAAAUACAAGUAAAUCAAAUAUGAUGUCAACUCUUUAUUUUAAUCCAUGGAAAAAAGACAAAGAGCAAAUAAGUCAGUAUUUGACAAAAGAAGAAAAAAUUGUUAUCUAUUCAAAUGAAAACUAUUGGUAAAAUAAGUUAUACAAGAGUUACUACAAACUAUUUACACUAUAUAAGACUACCCCGUUCAACUAUACAUUAUUCUACAGCCAUUUUAUCCUCAAUUUGAGUACCUUUUAGAAAAUUUUGGCGUAAGUUCUGAAGCCAAAUCCAUAAUACUCUUAUUGAUUAAUAAAUAAGCAACUAUUUUAUAUUUAAACUGAUUUCAAGUGCUUGGACUGCUAAAAUUAUGUAAGUAUUAUUUAUGAUCUUUAAUAGAUUGAUUCAUAUAAUCAAACUCUUUCAAGUCAACGUAUAAAUUAAAGGGGCUUAACUGUUUGAAUUUUAUUAUACGA